CCAAACUUUCGCCGCUUUUGCCGCCUGUUCUCUCUCCAGAAACCAGAGAAGGAGAGGAAAAAUUCCCGCCAUUUUCUCCGGCGAUCCGCCACCUUAGGGUCUCGAUCUUCGAGGCGGUCGGAUCUCUCUCGGUCCGUUUACGGGUUCGGGUUUCACGGCGGCAUCCGGAUCCAUUCGUGUCGAGGAGGAGAAAAUGGAGGGGAGGUUUUAAUCAAUUCAUGGGGAAUUGCUUUCGAAAGACUAAGCUUGUAUUUAAAAAAGCUAUUGGAAAAUCUUCUUGCAAGAAAAGCAAAAACAAAAUCGCAAAGGCGAGUAGAAACAAGGAAAAUGCAACUGUUAGCACUAAAAUUGAGAGUAUGCCAGUGACCACCAGCAUUGUUAGCGUCAAGGUGAGCAGUUCUGUAGGAACCAUGCCAGCGAGUGGAAAUUAUACCACUGCAGUGGAAAAUCCCAAAGAUAUGGGGGAUUGGCAGCAGAUAGGUAAAAUUAGAAAUUGCACCGUAUUUACAUAUAAAGAGUUGACAGUAGCCACAAGCUAUUUCCGGCCAGAUUUGAUCCUUGGUGAGGGUGGAUUUGGGCUUGUAUUUAAAGGUGUUAUAGAUGAGACAGUAAGGCCAGGUUUCAAGUCGACCAAAGUUGCUGUUAAAGAGCUCAAUCCAGAUGGCUACCAAGGUGACAGAGAAUGGCUGGCAGAAGUCAACUAUCUUGGGCACUUUAGUCAUCCGAAUCUCGUUAGGCUUAUCGGCUAUUGCCAUGAGGAUAAGCACAGAUUGUUGGUUUACGAGUACAUGGCCUGUGGGAGCCUAGAAACACACCUUUUCAAACGACAUAAUGCACUGACAUGGCCUAUAAGAAUGAAAAUUGCCUUGGAUGCAGCAAAAGGGCUUGCAUUCCUUCAUGGAGCAGAAACACCUAUUAUCUACCGUGAUUUCAAGACUUCAAACAUCUUGCUAGAUUCGGAAUUCAAUGCAAAACUUUCAGAUUUUGGCCUUGCAAAGGAGGGCCCCAAGGGUGAUGCAACACAUGUUUCUACAAGGGUCAUGGGUACCUAUGGUUAUGCUGCUCCUGAGUACAUAAUGACAGGACAUCUGACUGCGAAAAGCGACGUUUAUGGCUUCGGAGUCGUUCUCCUCGAGAUAAUGGUAGGAAAAAGAGCACUAGACAAGCGCAGGCCAAACCAGGAACGCAAUCUCGUUGACUGGGCUCGACCGCUCUUGAUUCGCACUCCCAAGCUCUUGAAAAUCAUAGACCCCAAAUUGCAAGGCCAGUACUCGAGCAGAACGGCUGGCAGAAUAGGCAACUUGGCUCACCGAUGCCUCAGUGAGAACCCCAAGACUAGGCCUACAAUGAGAGAGGUUGUUGAGUCCUUAGAGGCCUAUAACCAAGAAGAGAUGCUGUACCAAAGCAAUAAAGCUGCUGGGAUCCCCGACGAGGUUUCUGAAGAAUCAAUUGAUUGUAGGAGUAAAGAACUACAGAAGGAGUCGGAGAGCGGUCCAGUGGAAAGUAUGGUUCAGGGGAGGAGGAGAAUGAGGCCAGGGAAUGAAAGCAAGAGUGAUCCUCCCUCCAAGGAAUUUGAUCAUCGGCAUUGCCCUUCGUUGGACGAGGGACAGAAUAUGCGCUCGAGGCAAUCACUUGAUUAUUACGAUAGGUAAAAGUCAUCAGGAGAUAAGAGGGUGAAAUACGUACCAUCCCCGAUGCUUGUCUGUGCACAGUUGGCAUCUGGUGUGGCAUUUUUUUUAGAUAUGACCUCGCCUGAGAGUCAGAAGUUUUCGGCAUCUCAGGUUAGCUUUUGUACAGUAAGAUGAGAUAUGAGAGGCCUUGGCUCAGAAUACAGGCGAGAAGUUGAUUUUUUUUCAUAAUGAUUUUUGUAGCGUCCACAGGGAGUGUUUUUUGAAGAGCGCUCAGCCAGUCUACAUUUUCUCAUAAGUUGUUGGUUCGCGAGCGUUUGCUUUGUUUA